AUCUUAAUUUCAGAUAAUAGUUGUGAAUGCUGUAAAGUUCUCUACGCAUACUAGAUUAUUCGCGAUUAUUUCUGUGUAUUUAAGAGGGGAGGAGUGUUAAAGCUUACGAUAAGUGGCCAGUUCACACAAACUCGAUAUCACCAAUAACAUCGAUCACCAAGAUACGGGUAAUAGAAUUAGACACAUAAUCAAUCGCAGGGAGAAACUCGUCUUAGCACAAGGGCUUUAUCAUCAAGGGUCUACGCGAGCAUACACAAGCAGCAAAAGGGUUGCGCAAUGGAAGUUCACCCGCUGGAAAACGCAAAACACCAAUCCCUUUAUCGGGAAACAAGCUCCAAUGGAGAGUCUUCGUUGCUGUACAGUACUCUCGACUCUCGGAACACGGAUUGGAGCAUCAUGGGAUCGCAUAGCUGUCAAUCAGACCCAGGAGUGUACGUCAAAUACCAGGUGGUUGGACCAAUGAGAGCUGGCAAAACAAGCCACAUGGCCCUGGCUGUCGAGAACGAUAUGACCUCAUCGACAGUAACUAUUGGUAACACGAAUCACCCGAGCCGUGGGUUCACCAUGAAUGAGCCGGAUGAUUACUUCGGUCCCGCCAUCUUGUCCACCAUGAUCUGCUGCCCUGUGUUAGGCGUGGUGGCGGUCACAUUCAGCAUCAAGGUGAUCCUCAGCUGCAAAAGACGGGAUUACGAGAGGGCGACAACUUUCUCCAAGUGCGCCAAGAUCUGGACCCUCGCCGCUAUCGUAGCUGGCUUUAUUACCAUCAUCUUCUGUGUGGUUUAUCUCAAGCUACUCAAAUGACGCUCAACGUGUUUAAAGCGCGAUUAUAUACUCUCUGACGCUUAAACUGUUACAAGCUCGCUCGUAUAUUCUCAAGUGUCGCACUAUCAUACCCGAAGUUAUUUAAAUGCGUUGUAUGUUGUUGUAUAUUUCUAAAAGGGGUAUAAUUCGUCUACUCUUGCUCAUCUCUACACAAGAGGUGGGGGGAGGGGUGAUGAUGGAUUGGUGUAAUAAAGCAAAGUAAAAUAGAACAUCCUAGAUAUAUUUAGAGCAACUACAACG